AUGUCGUCUUCGUCACGACCUUCGUCAAUUACGACAGGUCGGCCCUAUCCUCAUGAUCAUGCUCCACCGACCCCGAGUGGCCUUCGCCAUAGUCGCACUAUCUCGUCCUCUUCAGCGAGUGAUACCUUCGAAGCGGCAAAUUCUGCCGGUCCGAGUACGCGCCGCGAUCACUCUCACGACGACAGCAACGAGAACACUUCUCUUCUCCACCACGAGCGCGCGCACGAUGGCCCCUGCGACCAUGGCACCUUCUCCCCUCGUGUAUCUAGCCCUCCGCCAAAGACUGGUAAUCUUGACACUGAGAUAGGAUCAAUGGCGGAUUCGGAUAGCUCCUUACCGUCUAGUGAGACUCAGCUGAAGGGGAGCUGGAGCUGGAGAGAGACGUUUUCGAGCAAGGUAAAGAGCAAGAAAAUGACAAGUUCGAGCACACUGGCACAGCGGCAUGGCGUUAAGGACUCGUGGGUGAUGUACCUCUCAUACUACGUGCCCUUCCUCAUAUGGAUCAAGCAGUACAGAUGGUCAUGGCUGAGAGGCGAUCUCACAGCCGCCAUCACCAUUGCCUCUAUGUAUCUGCCCAUGGCCCUCUCGUAUGCCGAUAACCUCGCACACGUUCCUCCGAUCAACGGCUUAUAUGCCUUUGCUAUAAAUCCCUUCAUAUAUGCGUUAUUGGGAAGUUGCCCGUUAAUGGUGGUCGGGCCAGAAGCAGCCGGUUCUCUACUUGUCGGCUCCAUUGUCAAGAAUAGCAUCGACACCGGCAAGGGCGAAGACGAUAAUGCCGUUUUGCAAGCUAGGGUGGCUGGUGUGGCUGUCGGCAUAGCCGGUGCGACAGUCUUUCUCAUGGGCGUAUUCCGCCUGGGAUUCCUUGAUAGCGUCUUGAGCCGGCCGUUCCUCCGAGGCUUCAUUUCCGCCAUUGGCGUUGUCAUCUUUAUCGACCAAUUGAUUCCCGUUUUGGGACUUCACGGUAUAGCGAAGAUGACGCCAGGAGUUACGCACGGAAGUACCGUGCAGAAGCUCGAAUUUGUACUCACACAUCUUGGUGACAGACAUAACCUUACUGCCAUCGUCGGUAUCGUCGGAUUUGUUGUUAUCAUGGUAUUACGGGAGGCCAAGAGGCGCCUGCAGCCACGAUAUCCGGGAGUAGCAUAUUUCCCCGAUAGACUUAUUGUAGUUGUAUUCUCCGCAGUUAUGGCUUGGCAUCUGGGCUGGGAGGCAAAGGGUGUUCCGGUGCUAGGUAAAGUUGAAGCAGCGUCUGGUCACGUCUUCACUUUCCAUAACCCUUUCCAAUUAGCCUACAUGCCCCAUAUCCGAGAUGCCAUGGGCACAUCCUUCUUGAUUGGCAUGCUUGGUUUCUUCGAGUCUUCAGUCGCCGCCAAGAGUUUAGGAGGCGAAGAAGUCAUCGAAGGGAUGCAGUUGAGUCCCAAUCGAGAACUCGUAGCUCUCGGUGCAGCUAACCUAGUCGGUGCCUGCUUCAUGGCCAUCCCAGCAUUUGGAGGUUAUGGUCGAAGCAAAGUGAAUAAGAGCACGGGUGGGAAGAGUCCUAUGAGUUCCCUUAUACUAAGCGUCCUUACCGUUAUAUGCAUCCUGUUCCUCCUUCCAUGGUUCUAUUAUCUUCCUAAACCCGUCCUCUCCGCGUUGAUUAUGGCGGUCGCUUGGUCUCUGAUCGAAGAAGCACCCCAUGACAUAUCAUUCUUCCUGAGAAUCAAGGGCUGGACCGAGCUUGCCCUUAUGGCUGUCAUCCUAGCUGUCACAGUUUUCUUCUCUCUUAAUCUGGGCAUUGCAAUUGGCAUCGGCCUGUCGCUUUUGCAAGUUAUUCGUCAUGCAACCCGCCCUCGUAUACAAAUUCUAGGCAGGGUUCCCAAUAGUGAUCGCUUCGCUAACGCCGAAGAGCACCCUGAAGAUCUCGAGUUUGUAGAAGGUUGCCUCAUCGUGAAGAUACCCGAACCCCUGACAUUUGCAAAUACGGGAGAGUUGAAGAAUAGGCUUCGACGACUCGAGCUUUAUGGUACGGGCAAUGCGCAUCCGGCAUUGCCGCGCCUUCGUCCACAGGCCAGUAACAGAAAUAUCAUUUUUGACAUUCACGGAGUAACCUCGAUGGAUGGCUCCGGUACUCAGGUGCUAGAGGAGAUAGUACGCAAUUAUCGGGAGCGUAGCGUUAGGGUAUUCUUCACCCGACCCAUCAGCCGACAGAACGAAGUAUGGCAGUUGAUGGAACGAAGCGGCAUCGUCGAGCUCGUUGGUGGAAAACGCCGCUUCGUCGACGACGUCGGAGAAGCCAUACGCAUGACGGAAGUGGAAGAUUUUGAAGAAACGGGAGCUUGCGCGGCUGCGAGUGAUGAUCUCUCUUAGAUAAAAAGGGGACGUACCUUGCGAGGGGUAGAGCUCAAACCCAAUGUUUCAUACAGACUUGUCGAUUACUAGCGUUUCAUCUACAAACCUUCGAAAGCUUACGCGUUGGGAAUCACAUGUCAGGAACCAUGUCGUUCCCUAUACGGUGAAGCAGAGGGUCUGCGUGGCCAUCUUUUAAAGAGUAUAUCCCGGAUAUCGUUUUUCCACCAGCAAUAUUACUAUUCACUCUUUCAUCAUAUACCCCUAUCGAAUAGCAGGAGUGGUCAGUCAUCAGCAUCAUUCAGAACCAGCUGCGGACUCGGCCCUGGAUUCGGCAGAAUACAAUGCACGAUAAAUAUUGCAUAGCGCUUAUGAGCAUUCGAGGGUGGCGUUUGGAUACUCAGAUUUGUAGAAAAGCACAGCGGGAGUCCUGCUUGAUUAUUUUAUGUUCACGUUAGCAGCGCGUUAGAAGUAACGGUCCUCAUGAGCUUAGAAACAUGACAAGAUGAUGGUGUAUCACAUUAGCUUUAAAUUCAAAUUAAACUUGCUCAACGCAAUACUGCAUUUUUACAGUCGACUGAGGUAGGUAGAUAUAUCCAUAAAAUAUUAUUUAAAUGUGACCAGUC